CACUGGAAAUGUCUUUUUAAAAAUAAAUGGCGGACGUAUAAUUUCCUAAAUACGGCGCGCGUGAAUUUUCAUGUGGUGUUCGAAAUUAAUUUACAAAUUAUCUAAUAAAUCAUGAUGGAACUAAGCCGUACUACUCUCGGGAUUGCGGUGGGUCUAGCUGGUACACUGUUCCUAGGUUAUUGUGUUUACUUUGACCAACAAAGACGUAAGGAUCCUAUGUUCAAGAAGAAGUUGAGGGAACGUCGCCAAAAAGCCCAGAAUGGUACAUCAAGGGGCAGCAACUUGGGUGGCCCAUUCCCCGACAUGACAGAUCAUGAAGCCAUGCAGAGGUUCUUCUUACAACAGAUCCAACUGGGUGAGGAGUUGCUGGCUGCAGGUGAUCUGGAGGCCGGUGUGGAGCACCUCGGCCAGGCCGUGGCGGUCUGCGGACAGACUCAGCAGCUACUGAGUGUGUUGCAACAAACUAUCCCCGCACCCAUCUUCCAUUUGCUUCUCAAGAAGUUACCUGAAGUUUCCGAACGACUCCACCGCUCCAUGAGAGCAGGCAACGGCGCAGUCUUACAAGAGGACGAUGUUGAAUAAAUUAUUGUUGAAAUUUAGAAAUUUAAAAAAGCCUUUUAAUUUUUUUGUUGUUUGUAUGCCUUUUUUCUGGACGUAAAAAGAACGCGACGAAAAUUGGCAAACGAAUUCAACUUAUUUUUAGUUCUGGCAACACUGAAGUUCGGCGUUCAAAUUAGUGAAUUGAAAUUUAGAAUAGAUUUUUUUUUUCACACCACAAUCCAAAUUCCAAAGCUCAAGAAGUGAUACCAAAUAGUCAGUGGCGUAGUUAUUUGAUGUAACUAUGUACUUAAACAUUGGUAAACAUGCUAUGCCCCUGUUAAAACGCAACCAGGGUAAAUUUGGAUACAGGGUAAAUUCGGAAAAUUCAAAUUGAAAACUAAAUAGCAUUAUAAAAUUGAAUUACCCAGACUUACCCUGAAUCUGGACUUACCCUGAUUAGCUCUAAUUGAUAAUUAAGACUUAUUUUAGGAUAUUUGUUAAAUGAUUGCUUUAGUUUUGAUUGCGAUUUUAUUGUGAAAUAAAAUUGAUUAUUGUACAAAAAAGA